UAGUUGCAGGUGACUACGUACAUACUAGUGUUUUAUAAAUAGAGCCAGUAGAAAGAUUAUACGAAUGCUACGUGGGUCAAUGUCAUCCUUUGAACUUUGCAGUCAAAUGUCUAUAUAGAAAUGAUUAAUUAACGAGAGAAGCUCCAGAAAUUAUCCCUUCCCAACGCAUUCCGCGGGGAUUGAUAUUGAUAUUUGUCAAACUUUGCAGUCAAACAUGUUUGUUGUCACAGAAACUGGGUAGCAGAUUGGGUUAUCUUCAUUAUUCAACGUCUGAUUCCUUUCCUCUGGUUCAUCGAUUCGUUACUGCAUCAUGAGUUUCAAAUUGUCCUUCCUUCUGUUGAUGAAUGUAUUUAUUGUUAUUUUCUUCUUCGCUGUAAGAAAAUCCCUUGCGGCGGAGGAAGAUUACUUUACAAUCUGCAGCGUCUCCAGAAAUUGUGGUAGGCUCAACAUAAAGUUCCCAUUCUUCAUUCUGGAGCAGGACUCUGCAUGUGGUUAUCCGGGAUUCAACAUCUCCUGCAGAAACAACACACAACCAAUUCUUAGCUUUCCUGACGGCGACUAUGUCAUCCAUGAUAUCUUUUAUCAGAAUCAAUCUUUUCGCGUGUCAAAAGACAUCGCUUUUGCUAGAGAUGCGGUUUGCAGCCAUUCAAUCUCAAACAUUUCCUUUCCUGAAGACCGGUUUUAUCUCCCCUCAGACCAAAGACAAAUAUUUUUGCUCUUCAAUUGCGACUUAACCUUAUUGACCAGGGAACUUUCACAGUCCAAGGUUAAUUGUUCUGCUGAAGCUAAUACAACGUUGGCACUGUUUAAUAACGAUCCUAUGCAGUAUUUUGCUUCAGAAAUGUGUAAUAACACGGUGGUGGCGCCUGUGGCUACAUCAUAUGAAGGAGAGGGAAGUAUCGAAGAUAUAUUGAAUAGAGGAUUUGUAUUGAAUUGGAUAGCGAGCAACUGUAGCACUUGCGAGGCAAGUGGUGGAAAGUGUGGAUUUGAUUACAGUACCUACCAUUUCAAGUGCUUUUGCCCGGAUAGACCUCACGCUUGGUACUGUCCUCCUGGAAAUGAUUCUACUGGUUUUGUUAUUAAAGUUGCAACAGCUUCUUCAGUUGCUGGAGCAGUAGUGUUAAUUCUUCUUGUCGUCUGCUUGAUCAAAAGAUUCUCAUUCAAGGAUGGAACGGAAGGAGAUAAGAAAAUUGAAGCCUUCCUAAAGGGCCAUGAAUUCCAAACACCCAAAAGGUAUAGAUAUUCAGAUAUCAAGACUAUGACGAACUCAUUCCGGGAUAAAUUAGGUAAAGGAGGCUUUGGGGAUGUUUACAGAGGCAAGCUGCCAGAUGGACGACAAGUUGCAGUGAAGAUUUUGAAUAAAUCAAAAGGCAAUGGGGAAGAAUUUAUGAAUGAGGUAGCAAGCGUUAGCAGAACUUCCCAUGUCAAUGUGGUCAGUCUUUUGGGCUUCUGUUUUGAGGGUCGCCGGAGGGCUCUCAUCUAUGAGUUCAUGAAAAAUGGAUCACUCAACAAGUUCAUAUUUCAAGAGAAGGAACAACGUCAAUUAAAGUGGGAAACUUUGUACCAAAUUGCAGUUGGCAUAGCUAGAGGGUUAGAAUAUUUGCACCGUGGCUGUAACAUGCGCAUUCUGCAUUUUGACAUCAAGCCUCACAACAUUCUCCUAGAUGAUGAGUUCCGUCCAAAGAUAUCUGAUUUUGGUCUUGCAAGAUUGUGUCCCGAAAAAGAAAGUGCCAUAUCCAUGACAGGUGCGAGAGGAACUGCCGGAUAUAUUGCUCCUGAAGUAUAUUCAAGGAAUUUUGGAAGAGUGUCUCACAAAUCCGAUGUCUAUAGUUAUGGAAUGAUGAUUUUGGAGAUGGUUGGGGGUAGACAAAAUAUUAAUGUGGAAGUUGAUCAUACAAGUGAAAUAUAUUUUCCAUAUUGGAUUUAUAGUCGUAUAGAGUUGGAUGAAGAUUUAGGAUUACAGGGUGUUAUGGAUGAAGAUGAUCGAGAAAGAGUAAGAAAGAUGAUAAUUGUGAGCUUGUGGUGCAUACAAACUGACCCAUCAAAUCGCCCACCGAUGAGUAGAGUGGUAGAAAUGAUGGAAGGGAACAUUGAUUCCCUCUGCAUCCCACCCAAGCCUUUCUCAUCGUCACCUCCAAGAUCUCCACCUGCAAAUCCUGAAGUACAACCGGUAUCCUGACAUUGUUCUUCCAUUCAAGUAUUGGAAAGGGAAGAUCCAAGUGCUAAGACAUGAAGGACUGUGAAUGAUGUCGCAUAUUCUUAUGUUUCAUUUCUGUAGAAUUCUACAGAAAAAUGCACCACAUAGAAUAAUUCUAUGGAAAAAUGAAUUACAUAUAAAUUUUAUUGAUUGUAGAAUCUAAAAGUACUAACUCCAAUAUUCAUACCAGAAAAAAGAGAAGACCUCAAAUGCCGUCAUUGAAACUCCUGAUGAGAUAAUAUACUAGUACUCUGAAAUCACCAGCCACCCAAAAUCAUAAAGAAAACAAAUCUGCAGAACGGCCGAUGAAGAUUGCAACGGGGGAUAAGAAUGCAUGGAGUAAUUUACUCCUAUUCUAAAGAUUAUACUCCACAGGUUUUCGUUCUAACAAAAUAUCAGGCAUUAUUCUAUUGAUGAAUAUUUGUUGUCAUAACAGCUUGGCAUCAGCUAAUUGACCAACUUUCCAAUAACCACGAAUUAGAAUUGAAAAUGAAACUACGGAAAGUAAUAAAUGUCUAUCUACAGUACAAUGGAAUUCAUGUCAUGCUUCCAACAUUAAUUUUUGUCUGCCAAAGCUAUCAAUGAGGACGCUAUAACUGAAAACAUUAGUCGCUAUAAUACAUACAAUCUUAAAUUAAUCCACAAACAAAAAUUGGCUAAAAAGCGCAACUGCAGCAAAAUGGAGCCUAAAUGUUUUCAUUUAUAG